AUGAUGUUCAAAGUUACAGGCGUUCAUACACCUUUGACAUCCUCUAAAUUUUCCGAAAAUCCCAGUAUUGUCAUUACAAGCUUGUUUAAAAUCUUAAGUGAACUACGGAAAUGUCCAAUGUGGCUCAAACUGUUGCUGUGGAGGAGCCUCAAGAUUCUGUAUCUUAACCUCGGACUGAAACGUCAAUAUGUAACGAUUGAUAUUGCUACUUUAAAAAUUCACGUUAAUAGAUCUGACAUUAUCAAACGUAUCACAGUUUAUGAUCAAUCGCUGGAUGCAUAUGCCCGAGAUUCGACUUACUUCAUGAGUCUAUUUGCUUUGAAAAAAGCUGGGACAAUCUGGAAGGUAACGAUUCUGUCUUAUAACUUUGGCCCAUAUAGAAAAAAUAACAUUUUAUAUUAUUGCAGUAUCACCACUGAAAUGCUUAACAGAAGACAAGUCAUGAUGCCCAGACCUGCAGUUCCCAAUGACAAAGAAGAUAUAAAGCUUGAAAUGAACGAUUUCGAAAUAUGGGAGAUGCAAGAGGUAGUCAGAUUGUGGGGUGCCGAUCCGGGUGUCACUGGCAUAUUUGUUGCGAGCGAGGUAAAUGGAAAUAAUGCGCAUGAAAUAAGACACGCUUUUAUAUUCUAUGAUGGUCUAUUUACGGGCCUUCGCUUCUUUAAUUACCGUGGCCAGCAAAGAAUGGAUGAUGAACUUACGGUAAAUCCCACCCGUGCAGAAACAAGGCAGAUUACAAGCAAAAAGGCGCGAAAAGACAAAGAGAAAGAAGAAUCAGAAAAAAAUAACCCUGCAGUGUGUAUACAAGGGAAAGGACGAAUAAAUGCAAAGACUAUUGAAGGGUCCCAGAAUCAAGUAAAUCUCACAAAACGUGAUUGA